UCGUAGUCGAUAACACUACCAAUAAACUCAUGUUUUGAUAUAGAAAUCGAAGCUAAAUGGUGGUUUUAGGAGUCGAUUUUAACAUAAAUAUUAAGUUAUUUUAACAUAUCUUCACUUUAUUUUAUAUAAUCGAAGAAAAAAAAAAGCGUGAAAAUGAAUGCUUUGAUUAUUACCCUUGGCGCUCUUCUGUUAAACGUCGCAACUGCUACUGUUUACACAGCAUGUUCAUCAGAAUAUGGAGAAGUCCAGUCUGUAACAGUUACUAAUUGUGAUGCAUCACCUUGCAUCUUGAAAGUUAACACUAAACCAGAAAUCUCCAUAACUUUUAAAUCACAUAUUGACAGCAAAGAUUUGAAGGUCAGAAUUUAUGGUGUCAUUGGUGGUGUUCCUUUACCAUUUCCUGGUCCUCAGGGAAGUGCAUGUGAAGGUUCUGGAAUUACUUGUCCUUUAAAGAAAGAUGAAGUCUACACUUACAGAAAUUCCAUUGAUGUUAAGGACAGCUAUCCAAGGAUACCUGUAACUGUAAAAUACACACUGGUGGACGAGAAUAGUAAUUCGGUGGUCUGUGUGGAAAUCCCAUCCAAAAUUGAAGCCUAGAUUAUGGACUUACACUUGAUAUUCAUUUAACAAUGAAUAUUUUGUGAAAAUAUAUCAAGUAAUUGUUUUCACGGGCAUUUUUUUAUUUCUUUAUUACAAAUGCAGGGAAUAAACUGUUUUUAAAGUUAAAUGUUUCGAUGCAAUGGAUAUUUUUCUUACGAAACCAUUUUCUAUCGAAGCUGUUUUCUUUUCGGAAAGAUAUUGUAAUUUAAAAUAAAGACUUCUCAUUUUAAACAAA